AUGUAAGACAUUCGCUAAAUGAGAUAAAAAUAUGAAUCAAUAAAAUAAUCAAAUACAAACACUCCUAAGAAAUGCCUCACUCUUACAAUAUCCUAAUAAUAAGUUAAAACUAGUCCAGGAUUGUAAAUGACUACUAAAUCAAAUCCAAGGCUUAAAAAAAUUUGUAAUAACUGUUUAAAUCAAUCACUUAUGAAAGAAAAAGAAUACAAAUUGUAGUAGGAACAAUAAGAAGAUUAAGUAAUUAUAAUUUUAUUAAUUAUUUAGAAAUUGUACUUAUAAAUCAAAUAAUCAAUAGAUUAAGAAAACUAAAAUAGAGUUUAGUUAGUUGAAGAAAAUAAAAGAAAAUUCUUUGCUUAUCGUAAGAUUAAUGGUGAUUUAAUUGAAAUGCAUUAAUAAAGAGCUAAAACUGAAUAUGAAAAUGAAUAAAGUGAAGUAGCUAACUUUUAUAAAUUGUUGGAGAGGGAUGAGAAAGCUUAAAAAUUAAAACAAUUAGAAAAAAAAGAAUAAUUAUAAUAAUAUUAUUUAAGGGAUCUUAAAAAUUAAAUUUCAUUUAAGGAAGAAGAAAAAAUAUAAUAAAAGUUAUAAAACAAUAAAUCUGAUAUAAUAGAAUCUUAAUAUUGGACACAAUUAGAAAUUGAGCAAAUGCAUAAUAUUUAAAUUAAAGCCUAAUAAUAGCGAUAAAUGAUAAACUAUUGGUAGCAAACAUUAUAAGAAAAAUAAAAGUUGAAAAAACAAUAGGAGGACAUAAAUAAAAUAGAAUAGGAACAGAUGAAGUAUUUAUAAAAAAGCAAUGAGAAAUUAAUUAAAGCAAGUGAAAUAGCUAAAAAGUAAUAAUUGGAGUAAUUCAAAUAAGAAAUUUAAUAUUAAGUUAAAAAAAAUGAAUAAAAAAAAAAGGAGGAAGAAAACAGAAAGAAGUAGGAAUAUAAUUCAUUAAUGUAAUAAAAAUAAUUGGAGGAACAGUAUGAAAAAUAAAAAUAAUUGGAUAAAUCAAUGGAAAAGUAAGCAUUUAUAAAAGAGAUAGAACAGUAGAUAAUUUUAAAAGUAAAAAGUGUGGUAUAAUUUAGUAAAAAGUAUAGAAAUAGGAAAAAGAAAGAGAAUUGAGUGAAAAUGAAAAGAAAUUAUUGAUUAAAGAAAUUCCAUUGGAAUUGGUAUGCUGUGAUGAAUGCAAACAUAAUUGUCCAUCAAAAGUUAUUACUAAUAUAUUAUAAUGA